AAAACCUCAGAAAAACUCUCACCAGAUAGUUCUAAGAAAGCGUUCGCAAAUGUGAAAGGGCAGAAGACAUCAGAGAAACUUGCAAAAGGAAGCUCCGAAAAAAUAGUUCCUAUUGUUGAAAAGAGAAAAGUAUCAGUAAAGAAAUUUAAACGAAAGAAUGAAAUCCGGAACUCACCAGUUUCAAAAAUACAAGACUCCAAACGUGACACCAGUAGCUACAAAGGAGUUGUUUCCUCUCUAUUUAAGAACAAUCCAAAAAUACCAGUUAUCGAAAGGAACACUGUCCAGCAGCAUAAUGAAGGGUUGUUUUCAGAUUCCAACUUCAAGAACUUAAAUCUUCAUCCUUUCAUGAUUUCAAACUUGGAGGAACGAUUGAAGCUAAGUAAAGUGACCCAGGUACAGAAUGAAUCUAUACCAGCAAUUCUCAGUGCGCAAGAUGUUCUCAUCAAAUCACAAACAGGAACUGGUAGCCAUAAUUUAUAUUUUACAAUAGUUAAAAACACUUAUAUUUUUAAGUACAAUGUCCAAUAAACAACAAAGAAGGCAUGUCACGGACUGAAUCAGAAUAAUACAGUAGAAAGUGUAUACAGUUGUCAGUAUGUAAUGAGAAUAUAUGGUAGUAAUACAAUCCUUAAAGAUGUCAGAUUAGCUUGCUCAUUUUGCAAUUACAUACAAGAUUUUUACAUGAUAAUGAUAAAAUUAAUAAAAAAAACACUUCCAGUGACUGGGAGUGUUUCUAUCAUUUUUCGCUGGAAAAUUAUGGAUGAACAUUUUUUCAAUAAACUAAAUUAUAUAUUCAAGUUUAUGUUUAUAUUACUUCAAAAUGAGCAAUUUAAUUUCAAAAAUGAUUUUUUUACUGAUGAAAUUUUGUUACAUUCAUGGAACAAUAUUUAUACUAUAUAUUAUAUAUUUAUUAUUUAAUUAUAACAUAUUUAUACUAGUGCAACACA